AAUGUUAUUGGAAGACAGAACAGAACAAGAAAGAAGUGAAGCAGUGUGACUUGGUUCACCGGAGAUUGAUGGGUAAGACGAAGACAGUGGAUUGGUCUCAUCUUCCCGAUGAACUGUGGCCUCUCAUAGCAAAACAUCUCAUCGCCACAAUCGAUGUUCUUCGAUUCCGCAGCGUCUGCAAAUCAUGGCGCUCUUCCCUCCCUCUCCCUCUCCCUCACUCUCACUGUCACACCCUUUUCUCUCCACAAAUUCGUAUCCCACACGCCAACUUUCAUCUUCUACAAACCAAAAUAUACCGUCUUGAACCUCACCUUUCUCAACACUCUUCACUUUCCUCUUCUUCUUCAAACUCCAAAGGGUGGAUCAUAAAGGUUGGCGAAUCCAAAUCCAUCCCACUUCGCCUCUUGGACCCUUUCACCAACGCCCGCGUCUCACUCACCCAUCGGAGAUUCCCAUCUGAUGCUUCCCCAAAGGUGUUGAAUUUGGUCAACUUUCGGGUCGUUGAGUUGAUCGAAGCAUAUACGCUCAAUUUCGGAAGUGGGCUUUUGGACGAGGAAGAUGAAGAUCAAGCUGAACUUGGGUUGUACAUGCCUGUUCCUGAAAUUCGUAAGGUGGUAUUGUUUGAGGGUCGCAUGGUGUUUGCUCUGUAUAUGGACGGAAAUUUGGGUGUUUCCAUUAUUGGAGAUGAGAAUUGGAGUGUGCUCGAUGGUGGGAACCAGCGUUAUGAUGAUGUGAUGCUUCACAAGGGGCAGGUUUACGUUGUGGAUAAAUGGGGAACCAUUUUGUGGAUCGAUUGUUCGUCUUUGAAGCUGGUUCAGUUUUCGCCCUUCUUGUGCGGUUUUGGUAAGAGGAAGCAUUUGGUGGAGGCUGGUGGAAGUCUCUAUGUGGUUGAUAUGUAUAUUGAAGGGGAACCCGACAACCCUAUGGGGAUGUACUAUGAGGUCAUUGAUAUUAAGGUUUAUAAGCUUGAUGAAGAAUGGGGUAGGUGGCUAGAUGUGAAAAACUUGGGUGAUGUUCUGUUUGUGUUGGGUAAAGACUCUAAUUUCUCCUUGUCAGCUCAAGAUUACUAUGGGUGUGAAGGGAAUUGCAUCUACUUUUCUUCUGCUGGUAGAGCUUGUGGUUUCAGCUUGGAGAGUUCCAAAUUCAAGUCUCCUAACCUUUUCUGGCCUUGCCCUUCUUUGUUCCAUCCCAAGUUCAAUUUGUAAGAAUAGUAAUGCACAAAGCUCAAGUUAAUGGCUUCUAAGGAAAUAAAGGAGACUUAUGGUGUGUUUAGAUUUACGUUUAAAUUCGUAUGAAUCCACGUUUACUUUAACAUUACUAGUUAUAACUUUUGCAUUGGAUUUAGGUCAGGAACGUUUGGGAUUUUAUUUUGGUUAUAUAUUCAUUCAGACUUGUCUUCUAGUUUGAGUUGUAAAGCAAGACAGGUAACAAUUUUCAGGUAGUUUCCUUUAGUUCUUUGAUCUACCUAAGAAAGAAGUGUGCCGCGGUUAGAAGUGUCUAAUUGUUGUGCCUUCAUAAACUCGAGGAUUACAAGCUACUUUGUCGAUGUAUGGAUCAUCAUUCUGUAAUGGUCAUUGGUCAGUUCUUAUGCUUCCAAGUUAGCAGAGAUAGGAUAGGUGAAGUGUCUUAACAACUCUAAGUAGAAACUUUUAGUUCAAGUUAAUACUAUCUGCUGCUGGUUAUGAAUUUAUGAUCAUUCUAUUAUAAUACAAA